UUAAGGCUACUUUCAAGCCAUUCUCCUCCCAACCUGUAUCUGGGCUUGGAUCUUAUCACUAAGGAGCGGUGCAAGCUGUCUACUAAGCAUAAAAACAUUGCAUCAGAACUAGUACCUAUAAUUUUAUUUGCUUGCACAGAGCCCCAGUGAAACUCCUGAAGAGAUGCCUGAGAGACCUGUAACUUUUUCUAUUUCCAAAUUCUUCAGAAACAGGGCUGGUCUUGUCCCAGACGGAGAUGCAUGACCUCUCCAGGCCCUAACCAACCCUAAUAUUCCUUAAAUACUACAUGUAGCUGCUUAGCCUUUGAAAAACAGUAUGUGCCUUCACUUAAAAAUAAACAGGCUUUGAUGUAAAACUUUGUUGUAUCGUUUGAUGUGUGUUCAGGCACAAAAGCUUUUCAAGUUCACUGGGUUUGAUUCAGCGAUAUCAGUGGUUCCAAACCCAGAUUCUUGCCCCCUUCGCCUGCCUCACUGACUUUCUUCUAAUCGCUUUCAGUUCUGGAGUAGGAAUAAUAAUAUUUUAGAUCAAAGAGAUGUUCCCUCUAAGCUCUUCAAGCUAUCUGCAUCCAAAAGCAGGUCUGUUUUUGUUUUUAUUUCUAGCAGUACUAUUUGGUCUGAUAAAAGAUGUGCUACCUCUCCCUAGGAGCCUUGCUUUGUUUCUGUAGACCACCAUAACUGCCAGAAAACUGCAUCAAGAUUUUUGUUGCUGAUGUUUUUCAGUUUUCAUUUUGUGCAGUAAAUUGCAUUUGUUAGCUGCUAGCCAUUUUUUUUCUUCUUUUUUUCUAAAUAUACAGGCAGCUGUCUACUUACAGCUGCAAUAUUUCUAAAAAAAGCUCAGGCUGUUUGCAAUACUCAGAACAGCUGAUUUGCUUUUUUGGUUGGCCACCUGGUUGCAUUGCCAAGUGUACAUCUUAAUGCCCUUUAUGAAGGAAAUCAGUCGUGCUCGUUUGCACUUGAUAUCUGUAUGACACCUUAAGCAUAAAUAUCAUGAUUUGCUCCAAAUUGCCUUGCUAACUGGGAUGAAAACAAUCCUCAAGUUGUGUCCCUUCAACGCUGUUGAACAGGGCAAUAGUCUGAUAAUGAGUCUGUGAUGCCCAUCCUCAAAGUGCUCUUUCUGUUUCUCCAGGGCUGACACAGCAAAACGUAGGUGGAAAAUCCAGUUUCCGUUGGGAAAGUGCAAACAAGGCCUGGAGGCAUUCUACACUGAAUACAAACUAUUACAGACUGUAUUGCUUUUUGUAUUUGAAGCUGAUCCCAAUUGUGUAGAACAUGUACCUAACCACUAUGUGAAUGAAGAGCUAGAAGUGAACAUCUGCCAAAGUGCUCUUUUUUUUUUCCAGAAGUUAUUUUUAAGUGUCUGCUGUGAGCUGGUGAAGAUGAAGGCUAAAACUCUUUCUCUAGAUCUUUUUUCUUCUUUUUUUUUUUUCUUUUUUGGUUGUUAUUGUAUCUCUUGUAGUCUUCUGUAAGUCCCUGCAUGUCUCAUCUGCUGCUGCAUGUCACACAGGACUUCAGGAGCUGUCAGCUCUUUUGCCUUACAGUCCUUCCAUCCCCCUGGGUCUGUCCUUUUCAAGUCUUGGAGCUGAGAAGCAGCAGACUUAGUCACUGCUUGGGUCAGAAACUGCUACUGAAAAGCUGCCCAGAGCACAAAACCCAGUGCUUUCUUCAUCUGUGCUGCUGUCAAAGCUCAACAAAGGUUCCAAAUCUUUGCCUGUGAAGCAGAAGUCUUUAUUUGAUACUGCACCCAUCAGUAUCCCAGUAUGAGGAUAAAUCCUCCACACCUCAUGACUACUUUGAAGUUCUGAUCAAUUACUAAAAAUACAGUUUCAUCUGCACUUGUGUUUCCCUUUUCCCACAACUCUGGCAGAAGCAUUAGUCACCAAGUCCCAGCACAACUCCAUCUUUUCUCUCAUUUGGCAGAUGCAUCCAUGCUGCUGUCCUGCAUCCAGGAGCAGCAAGAAGGCAAUUCAUGUACUCAGAGCCAUGUUUCCUUGUUUUUUAGGGAAAAGGUGGUCCUUCACCCAUCUUUGAGGUGAAGAGUGUUCCUUUUUUUAUGCACGUGCGCUAUGUGUAUGAUCAUAAACAAGCACUGACACUCUCUGAAGAAUUUGAUAGGAAGAGGUACAGGUUUUAGUCUUGUCCAAUCCAUGUGUUGUGCUGGAAUGCACACUUUGCAGUUGGAUGCUGAGAAUUUCUACCAAAAAGAACAGAAUACGUUUAGAUCUGUCUUGAGAGCUCUUCAGUUAAUCUGCUAGAUUGGACACUUCCCUUCAGGUUUGAUCAUGGCAAUGAUUGUGCCCAGCUUUGCUGGUAGAAGGCUAUUUUAUGUUAGUGAUCCUAUGAGUAUGUGAAUGUUUCUGUGUGGCACCAGAGAACCACUGAGGGCUGUAAAGGUGUAGACUUUUCACUCCAGCUUUAACCCUGAGUGCUAACUUGGAAAUUAAUAUUGCAAAACCAGAGCCAAACUUAAACCCUGAACGGUUGAUCUGGUGUGAGAAGGGUGUAUACGUGCAGGCUUGAUUUUACUGAUAAUGCAAUUUAGGAAGGUGACAUCCUUUCUAAACGUUGUAGAGGUUGACCUGUUGUAGAGUUCAUCUAAGGCAAAGUUCUCUAUUGCAUAAAUCACUGUUUCUGUAGGCAGCAGGAGAGCUACAUGUUGCAAAGAUUACAGCUACAGUCAGACCAAGUCUGUCACUGAUGCAAACUUGUGUCACAAUGUUAGAUUUCCCAGUUUAAAAACAAGAAAGAUCUGUCUGUCAUCAAGAUGUCCACAUGGUGGCACACUUAUUCCAUGGACAAAAAAACAACACCUCCUGCCCUAAUCUAUUGACUAUGAUCUUUAACGUUUGGGAUAAAAAAGAGCCACCAGUAUUUGAAGACCUGACCUACAGAUGUGUAAGUACUGAGUACCCCUUGUGUGCUGUUAUGUCUCCUCUUUUGAGGAUCACUGACUUUUUGAAUGAUAUAUUUUUUCAUCUGAUUCUUCUUGUGACCUUGUAUGAAGAAGAUGCUUUUACAUUCCUGUCUGACCUUUUACAUUUUGUGAAGUACUAUGUACAUUUAAUUUUGUUGUUCUCUGUGCUAGAAACACCAUGGUGCUCUCCCAUUAAGGUGAAACAUGGUUAUGCAAACUGCAGGACACCUCAAGGGGAAUAUUACAAGAAUGUACUGGGGACAAGAUGUGAUAUUCGUUGUCAGAAAGGCUAUGAACUGCAUGGCCCUCAGCAGCUCAUCUGUCAGUCAAGCAAACGCUGGUCUGGGAAAGUGCUGUGCAAACAGAAGCGCUGCCCCACGCUCUCCAUGCCAACCAAUGGGGGCUUCAAGUGCUUGGAUGGUGCCUACUUUGGCUCCAGGUGUGAGUACUACUGCUCACCAGGGUACCAGCUGAAAGGCGACCGCAUAGUGACAUGCAUGGACAGCAAAGCUUGGAGCGGCCGGCCAGCUUCCUGCGUGGAUACAGAGCCUCCGAGAAUCCAGUGUCCAAGCGUGAAGGAGAAAACUGCGGAGCCCAACAAGUUGACGGCCAGAGUAUUCUGGGAUACCCCGGAGGGAAGGGACACCGCUGAUGGCAUUUUGACAGAUGUUAUUUUGAAAGGCCUGCCACCAGGGUCACAUUUUCCAGAAGGCGACCACAAAAUCCAGUAUACUGUGUAUGACAGAGCUGAAAAUAAGGGCACUUGCAAAUUCCUUGUUAAAGUCAGAGUCAGGCGCUGUGUGAAGUUAAAUGCUCCAGAUAAUGGCUACAUCAAGUGUUCAGGUGAUGGAAAUAACUAUGGUGCUAUGUGUGAAUUUUCCUGCAUUGGAGGCUAUGAGCUACAAGGCAGCCCAGCUAGAGUGUGCCAGUACAAUUUGGGGUGGUCAGGAGUGGAGCCAACCUGUGCACCCAUGAAUAUUAAUGUGAAUGUGAGGACUGCAGCUGCACUUCUGGAUCAAUUUUAUGAGAAGCGGAGACUGCUAAUUAUUUCAACUCCUACUGCAGCCAACUUCUUCUACAGGAUGCAGUUGGGAAUGCUGCAGCCAGCACAGUGUGGCUUAGACCUCCGACAUGUUACUGUGGUUGAGUUGGUUGGUAUCUUCCCAGCACAGAUAGGAAGAAUAGGUGUAAAGCUGCUGCCCCCUUCACUUGCACUGCAACUCAGGCUGUUGUUGAGGAUCCCUCAUUAUAAUUUCAACAUUGUGGUGAUGGACAAGCAUGGAAUGGACAAGGAACGCUACCCAUUCCCAGCAACACCAGCUGAGCUCUUUGCACUUAUUGACAAUUUUCCCUUGAGAAAAGAAGAGAUGAAACUGCAAGCAGAAAUCGGCCAGUCAUGUCCUUAAUUCAGAAUUACAGGGCUAGCAUUUUGUCAGUGAAUUUUUUACCCAGAUAAUUCUUCCCUCGGUGCUACAGAAAGCAUGGCUUUUUAAUCACUGAUGUACAGAGUUGUUGUGUGUAUCAUUAUGUCUGUGUAGCUGCUCUGCAUGGGCGUAUGCAUGAUGCUUUUUUAUACUUUCAAAGAGUAUCUUUAGAGAAAUGUGUACGUAGGAUUACUACCCAAUAGAACUUCUUGUACAGACAUCAAAGAAUUGAGGUACGUCUCCUGGGGUUUAUUUUGGAUUUUUCAUUCAGUGUAAAAUUCUUUCUUCCGUUUUAUAAGUCUUUUAUUAAUAAAAUAUU